AAUCAGAAUAAUUUGUCAUACUGUAUCGAGCUGAAUAUUAAGUCUUGUUCCACUCAGCAGGAGGAAAUUCAUCCUGCAUGUUGGACCAAAUGAUUCAGUUAAUCAUUAACCUGAUUCCAGAUACUGUAUAAAGCCCAGGAUCUUCACUCAGUAGCUGUUCAUCCAGUCACAGAGGAGGACGAGGGCGGCCAGUUGUUCACCUGACAUCAUCGACACACAGCUGGAGAAGCGGCACGUCAACAACAUGAAAAUAAAACUUAUUCUCUUUUUCUUUGUGCUGGCUUCUGCCUGUGCCCCUGUCCUCUGUGACAAAGAGGAUCCAACUGUCCUCCAGCCCGAGGCUCCUGUUGAAACCCGCUCCCGUUUUGCCGCUCUGGAUGAUGUGCGUCUCCUGGCGAACGGUCUCCUCCAGCUGGGUCAGAGCCUGCGAGAAUUUGUGCACAAGACAAAAGGUCAAAUAAAUGACAUCUUCCAGAAACUCAACAUCUUCGACCGCUCUUUCUAUCAGCUGUCUGUGCUGGCCAGCGAGAUCAAGGAGGAAGAGGAGGAGCUGAAGAAGACCACGGUGGUACUGAAGGCCAACAAUGAAGAGAUUAAGGGUCUAUCUGUUCAGAUCAGCUCCAAGGUGGACAGCAUCUUGCAGGAGAAGAGUGGGCUGCAGAACAAAGUAGAAGGCCUGGAGGAGAAACUGAGCAGUCUGUCUCAGGGCCUGCUGACCGGUGAGCAAAUCGCAGAGAUCAACAGCCUCAGGGCGGUGAUCCACAGCCAGGAACGAAGCAUCACAGACCUGCUGAACGCUGUGAGGGAGCAGAGUGACCAGCUUAACCACCAGAGGAUAAAGAUAAAGUCUCUGGAGGAAAAGCUUACAGCCAACACAUUUGCCCAAGAGACCAUUGAGAGGAUGCCUGAAAUGCUCACCAAUGAAGCACCAACGCUCACCCCUUAUCUGACCAGCCCCACCAACAGAAUGAUGGGUGAGAUGGAUCUGCCGCUAGACUGCAGUGAACUAUACAACAGAGGGGAGCGAGCCAGUGGUGUGUACGCCAUCAGACCCAACAGAUCACAGCCCUUCAUGGCCUUUUGUGAUAUGAGCAAAGACCAUGGAGCAACAGUCAUCCAGCGAAGGAGAGAUGGUUCAGUGAAUUUUGAUCAAACCUGGGAGAAGUAUGAAAAUGGGUUUGGAGAUUUUCAAGGGGAGUUUUGGCUGGGUCUCAGGAAGAUACUCUCUCUAGCUGCUCAAGGCAAGUCUGUCCUUCAUAUCCAGCUGGAAGAUUGGAAACAGAACAGGCGCCUUUUCGAAUACAGAUUUUACCUCGGUGGUCCAGAGAGCAACUACACCAUUCAUUUAACGCAUCUAUCUGGAGAUUUGCCUGAGCCCAUGAGCAACCACACAGGCAUGAGGUUCUCCACCAAGGACAGGGAUAAUGAUAAGAACCAGGACUCCAACUGUGUCCACUAUUCAGGUGGAUGGUGGUUCAAUGCCUGUGGAGACACCAACCUGAAUGGGAGAUAUUUCUACAUGAGGCCAAAGGGGCGUUCAGAGCGUCGGAAAGGGAUCCAGUGGAAGCCUAGUCGAAAGGCUUCUUACUCCCUGAAGUUCACCCAGAUCUCUGUUUACCCCAUGGCUCACCACAGGACCACCUCCUCCACAUCGGCUUCAUCUGAGACAGGCUUCUUUCUCUAACAUUACAGACAUUCUCCAGUAAAAAAUACUCAACAUCAACCGGCAGUAUAUACAGUAGCCUCUUCAGGAGAGCCUUAGCGUUGAUCCAUGUGGGCAGUUUCAGAAGAGGCAGAGAGGAAGAUAUUUCAUUAGACUUUCAAAUCCUAGUAGAUUAAAAUAUGUCUUCACUCACUGUAUGUCAGAGGUCAAAGGUUACAGAGGAGAUAUUCAGUUUUCAUAUUGGGUCACAUUGACUCUCAGUAUACAGCAGUGAUUCCCAACCAAGGUGACAGGACCCUUGAAAGGGUACAGGAUAGGAAUGACUACAAAAUAUAAUUCUGAUACAGAACAGACUUUUUGCAUUUACUUUUUCUGUGCUUUAAAAUUUACCUUGAAGGGGACAUAUUAUGCUUAUAGGUUUAUAUGUAUAUUCGUGAGCUCUGCUGGAACAUAUUUAUAUGAUUGACAAAGCUCAAAAGACUCCUUAUUUAUGUUAUAGUGACCCUUAAUGUGGCCUGUCAGUUCAGCGUCUGUCUGAAACAGGCCAUUUUAGCCCCUGGCUCUUCAAGGCCAUGGCCUGAUGUGUACACUCUGUUCAGAUUGGCCAAUUCUUGGAUAGUUGCCCUGAGAGAUAGAGGCUGUGUCAACAAACCAUAAAACAAACUACCGUAGAAUGAUUUCACAAUUCCUUGGUAUUCUCUACUCAAAACAUCAACUUCUCAAAUAGAUCCGUAUAUGUUGGAGUAAGAAACUUUAAUGUUCAGAGCAGGUUGAAGCCAUGUCUUUUGACUUGUGGGGACAAUUCCUCCAAAUUUUCACCUGGGUUAGGGUUACACAUUCAACAUCAUAACAGUAUAUAAAUAACAUAAAAUCACAAAAAGCAUAAUAUGUCCCCUUUAAUGAAACAAAACUGAUUGGUGAAACUACUUAAAAUUGCUUAAUUUCAUAGUACUCAUAGGGCAAAUAAGGUUGGGAACCACUGGUAAAGAGCAUACUCAUCUAUACUUUAUGUUCUCUAUUUUUGAUAUAUUUGCUAUAUUUUAUUUAACUUAAAGGGAAACUUCACCACUGUGAAUAUGAUGAUUUCUGAAAACUAGGUCACCUACGUAGUAGAAAUGUGCAACUAUUUUUGAAAUUGGUGCCCCAUGACUAUAAAAAACUGACAAAACAUUGUAUGUUCCCCAUAUCCUACAAUAUGGAAUCCUAAAACAACCAGAAUCCACUACUAAUGGGAGUAUUUUUCCUAGCAAAGCGGCUAGUUAGCUGAGACAUAGUGAGCAUAUAGUGUUAAAUCUCUUCUCCUCUUCAUUGAGGCUUAUUUUCAUUAACAAAACAUAUUUCCUCAUUGAGUCUGGAUACAUCAUAUUGGUGUGCAAGGAUCAUAACACAAAGGUUGUCAGUAUGAUAAUUUAGUGUCUGCUUUUCCCUAUCAUUAACGUAACAUGAGUAGACGGAGAGUUUUGGGAGACCCACCUUUGACUCUCCUUGAAGGCAACCCUUGAAGGCCUGUAGUUAUUCCUUGCCCCAACUACAUCACUGGACACAUCAAAUAAAGGCGCUGGUGCCAGAAGAACAACACAUUUUACAGCUGUGCUCCAGAAACACAGAGAACAUCGGCAACCACUGUAGGCAUAUUUCACACUAUAUCCCUAAUUUGGAUAGCUAGAGAUGAGAUUGAAAAUCUGCACAAUGGCCCUUUAAAUAAAUUAAAAUUAGACGGUGACCUCAUUUAAUGCUAAUAUAAUUUGGCGUGGAUGUACCUAACUGAAAAUAUCAUGAAAACACUCACCAACACUUACAUGCUCUCCAGCUGCUUAUUAUGGGCUGUAGAUUGUUUGUGUUUAUGUGUUGGUCGGGCACGAGGUUGUCUUUCUAUAUCAACAAAGACUUGGCACGGUGAAAAUUCAUCCUUGAACUUAAAAACAUUAAACAAUGACUUUGUUUUGAUGUUUGAGUGAAUUCAUGAAUGUGUGUGCAUGUGUGUGAUUACUACAUACUGAAACUUUCAGAAUGUUGGAUUGGGAGGUUGUGCCAAACUUAUUUGUACUGUGUUGCAAGGUGCCAUUAAUAAACACUAGAGGGCA